AUGCCAGUACUCGCAGAUGGUCGAACUGCGCAUACCAGACAUAACAGGUAUAGCAUUGAGGUCAAGUUUGGUACAGCAUUACAUUACACGUGGGUGCCAACUCGAGGUGACGAACUGAAUUCUCAUCAGCCUCUGGUCUCUACGUCAUCUACCCCCGAGUUCGUCAUGAACCGGCCGCGCAAUCGACAACCUCGUUCAGGCAAAAGAUCCGCACCCAAUUCCCAAAAUGCAAACAGCACGCCCCAACAAACGUCUGGCAGCGUUCCCACAGUUCAUCAAGUCAUACCCGGCGCAUCCGUCUUCAUCAUCCUCAAGGAGGACCAGCCGACAGGUUCCGAGACUUUGGGGGUCGUGCAGGACGUGCUAACCAAGGGGAACCAUCCUCGCGGCAUCAAGGUGCGCCUGCGGGAGGGGCAGGUCGGCCGAGUCCAGCGCAUGAACAAGGAUGCUGCGCCGUCGACAAGCAACGGCGCAGAAGCGCAGACGAUACAUUUCACCCCAGGCAGUGGAAGGUGGACUCACCGGUACGCGGAUGUGAGGACCGAGCUGGACGAGUAUCCAGAGGCACCAUCCGAGAGGAGCCUGGCCGACUUCAUGCCCGCACUACCGGCGAACGUCCCCGCCCUCGCGGCAGACGGUCUUGGGGCACCGUCGAUUCAUUGCCCGGUUUGUGACGUGUUUGAGGGAGACGAGGCAGCCGUAACCCAUCACAUUGAACAGGAUCAUUUCAAAUAA